UGGUAUGUGUGCCGCGUCACAGGCCGAAUGUCAUUGGAUUUAUAAAUACGAUCAGCUCCAGAAAUAGGCAGCUAACAGGUUUUCCAGGCGUACCGACCAAAAUAAAGUAGCCUGGAUCCGUUAACAAUAUCAUUGUCUUGGACGGCGGUUGUGGCGGCCAUUGUGAGUGGGUUUCCCAAAGAUUUCGCUUUGUUUUUUUUUUGUGUUUAGUGCAAUGGAUAAUGACGAUGUUCAACAGUUUUCAUUGCGAUGGCACAACCAUCAGGUAGAACAGCGUUAUAGGAGCAUUGGGUCGUAUGCUGAACACCGGAGCCCUAACCGACGUGACCCUCAGCGCAAGCGGGACCUCUGUGAAGGCCCACAGACUCGUCUUAGCAUCAUGCAGCCAGUACUUCGCGCAGUUGUUCAAGGAGGUGGAGGCUGACAACACUUUGGUGGUGGUAUUGGGAUGUGACGCGGCGGAACUGAAGCUCCUGCUCACGUUCAUGUAUACUGGAGAAGUUACUGCAUCGAGGGUCAUCCUACCGUCGCUCCUGCGACUGGCACAGACUUUGAAAGUUUCUGGACUUACUGAUGCUGAUGCUCAAAACACAACGCAAGCCGACGAACCAGACGCCAACCAAGAGGAAACAAAUUCACCAAUCAAUCUGGAAAUAAAAAACGAACCGCCAACCCCAAGCGUGGCCAACGAAAAUUCAGACAACUCAAAAUUCACCUACGACGAGAUCCAAACGAAUGAUGUGAAAGAGAGAACCGAAUGUAACGACGACUUUAUUCACAAGAGCGAAAGAGACAGACUGAGCAAAUUGGAUCAAAUUGUGCAGAACUUGUAUAAAAUAGGAAAUCCGACGACGGCUGCAAAUGUACCGAGUAUUGUUCCAGAACCAGAUCCGUACGACAGAAAAUGGCGGAUGGGUAGCUCAGUAUGUACGAUAUGCAACAAGCGUCUCAGCAACCAGUACAACCUGCGCGUGCAUAUGGAAACGCACGCGGGGCGGCGUCACGCGUGUCGCGCGUGCAGUCACGUGUCACGCUCGCGCGACGCGUUGCGCAAACACGUCGCGUACCGACACGCGCCGCACCAACCGCGGCCGCGCGCUGAUCUGUGACGCACUAACCCUAACGCUCUAGUGCUCAGCCAAAUAAGUGCCAAAAAUGUGAACAAACGCCUGAUUAAUGACGUUUCAGUUUUAUUACCAAUAAGCAUUGAGUUAGUGGCAUAAAAGUAAACACGUAGUACACUUAACAAAGUACAGCUUAUGAGUGGGGUUUAAAUAUGUUAUCCAAAGACCCUGUGAUUAAAGUAUAUAUCACGUUCUAAAUACGCGUUGCGCGAACACGCUGAGUUUUAUGCAAUGCCUGAUUUGAUCUAUCUCACUCCUAUAGAUUAAACCAACGAUUUAUUUCUAAGAUGAAACCACAUUAUACGCUCCAAUUUCCAGUAAUAUUUCACAAAUGUAUGCUAAAAUAUAUUUUGUAACGUCUAGUCUGUAUUUUAAGACUAAAGAUAAUUUGCCUGUCACCUGUGUGUCUCGCAGCUAUUUGUUACGCCGUUGUAUAAACACGUCGCGUAAUAUAAACACUGGUUUGCCAACACUUAUUACGAGAUUAGACUGUUACUAUUCAUCAAAUAACCACCGGUUUAUUCUCACAAACUGCAUAUAUUUAUUACCAAAUGUGUCAAAAUUUAAAACGGUAUUUGAGCUUUCUAUUAGCAUUGAUGGAGUUCGACUAAAAGCUACAUCAAAUGUACAAUUCAGUUGUCACGCAACGUUGUAUAAACACGCUAAAUAAAUAUGCAGAGCGUGCACGUUGCAACAUCACGUUCUUAUCAUUACUUCAUUAUCUCUUAAGGUUUGAAAGGAACAAAUGUUGCGUACGUAUUCUAGUCUAUUCUACAGUUUACUAUUUUAAUAUUUAAUACAUAUAUUUGAUAAGUUUUAUUAUAAUUUUACUAUUGCUCGAUUUUUAGGAUUCUUAAUUCGAUUUCUUUUUCUUUUAUUUUUUUCCGGUUAUUUUUGACUAACCAAAAUUAUUUAAAAAAUUUCAACACGGAAAUUAACUAAAAAGACAUUUUCUAAACUUAGCGAACAAAAAUACAUUAAUAAUUAUAAUUGUUUUUUGUGUUGAUACUGAUAUACUUAUUUAUAUUUACAUUAUACCCACCGAAACGAUGUUUCGUGACUAUAGAGAAAGACUAUAAAAGACAUUAUUUUGUUGUUUUGUAUUUAUAUUGUUUUUUUAUUAUUUAUAUUUAAGUGUUGUCUAGCAAAACGAUUAACUUAUAGCAAAAUAUUAUACGUAAUAGGUUAUAAUGUACUUUUUAUAUUAUGAACUUUAAGAUUAUAGAAUGUUUUUGUCUUGAACUAAAAAUGUAUUGAAAAUUUUGUAUUCAGGAAAUUACGGAAUGAUCAAGUCUGGGUUAUUCGAGUUAAAACACACGCAUUGUUAAUUGUUAUAUGGCCAAUUGAGCUAUUGUUACACUAUGGAUGUUUUAAACUGUGAUAAAAUAACCAUAAUAAUCAAACUUCAAAAUAUGAUUUGUAUUAUUUUGGCGUCGCCGAUAGAUGUCGCUAUAAUAAAUUUAAUAUUUAAUAAAUAUUGAUCUACCCUUUAUACUUAAAAGGAUUGCAUUGCAUUAUAAUUAAAAGGAUUUUUAUCAUAACUUCAGGAUUCAUAAAAUUUUAUAUGAAAAAAAAAUUGUAUCAAUAAUCUACUAAAGGGUAUACUUUUGACUAUAAAACACAUAGAUAAUAAAAAAUUUACGAAAAAUAUACUUCAAAUAGACUACGUAAAUCACAUUGAGUAUUCACUUUAAAGACAUUUUUAUAGCACAAUUAACUGAAUAUUUAUGACUAAUCUCAGGAAUAUAUUCAUGUUGUUAAUUGUCCAAUUCAUUACUGUAAGCGGUGUAAAAAAGACAUUAGUCAUAGAGUUGAGGAUUGUGCAAUAUUUAUAUCAAUAUCCACUAUUUUGAUUUAUUUAUUGAUUUAAGAAUAACCAAUCACCAAUAUUACACUUUUAGUUUAGUUUUAGUAAAUACAAGUUGCAUUAUAAAAUAGUUUUAAUUUAAAUGUUGCCAUAAUUAUACGCGACCACGACUUGCACAAAAACGAAAUACCUUAUAGUGAUUUGAAUUUCAACCCUAACAUAGUUAUGGAUUAUUACGUUUCUUCGUUGUAUGCUAAUAUAACAUUAAAGUUCAAUAUUCAUGGGCAUAUCUGCAAAGUAUUGAAUCAAAUCAAAUCAAAUUAUUUAUUUGUAAGUAUAGGUAGUUUACAGGUGUUAUCGAAAUAAAUAUUACUGUUCACUAUGCUUUGCUGUUGCAGCGUACAAAUAUAUUAGUUUUAUGUUGACUAUUACAUCACAUAGUUAUUUGUUUGAGGUUUGAGGCUCAUAAUUUUAGUUUUUGAACCAUAAAUAUAGCAGUUUAUAUUCAGCAUUUUGCACUAUCCUCAAUUAUUAAAAUAAUUUAAGUUUUCAA